AUGUACGACUCAUGCAUCACUCGCUCCGUCCGAACAUUCUACAAUGGACUCGUGAUUGCACUCGACUACAACCUCAACUUCCGCGCCGAUCCAUGGAUAGGUGAUAGUGUAGCUGAUGUGCAUGCUCGAGCAGCGCAGCGGGUUUUUGAUCUUCUACGCGCUAAUGGAGGGCUGUACCUAAAGAUCGGCCAGGCAAUAGCAAUGCAGAGCGCUGUUCUGCCACCCGAAUUCCAGAAGAUGUUCGCGAGGAUGUUCGACGAUGCGCCGCAGAAUAGUUGGCAGGAUGUUGAGAAGGUGAUCAGGGAGGAUUUCGGGAAGAGUCCAGAGGAAGUAUUCGGAGUCAGCUUCACGGGGGAUCCGUCAAAGGGUAUCAUGGAGCGAAAGGCGAAGGCGUCCGCGAGUGUGGCACAAGUACACUGGGCAAGACUUGGUGAUGGCAGAGAAGUGGCAAUCAAGAUUCAGAAACGCGAGAUUGCUCGACAGGUCGGCUGGGAUCUCUGGGCUUUUCGAACGGUGUCGAGGGUGUACACAUGGUGGUUUGACCUACCGCUCUACCACCUUGUGCCAUACGUCUGCGAGCGUCUGAUGCUCGAGACGGACUUCCAGAACGAGGCCAACAACGCUCGCAAGAUGCGUGAACUUGUCCAAAACGAGCCGAGGCUGAAGAACAAGGUCUACAUACCUCAAGCCUUCCCAGAACUUACAACCCAACGAGUGAUGACAGCCGAGUGGAUCGAAGGCGUACGGCUAUGGGAUAAAGAUGGCAUUUCCAAGUCAUGGCAAGGUGGGUGGCGAACAGGUUCCCCUGGAUCCGGUGGUCGUCCACUCGACCCUGUCCCAGCAUCCACCAUCGCAUCAGUACCUUCCAACCACCCCAUCGACGAGAAGCUCAAGCCCAGUCGCGACAGCUGGAAAGGCGGGAAUGGUACAGGUGGUCUCGGCCUUCCACUAAAAGAUGUAAUGGAAACUAUGGUCUCCCUCUUCAGCGCCCAAAUGUUCCUCUGGGGCCUAGUCCACUGCGACCCGCAUCCCGGCAACAUCUUCAUCCGACGUCUACCCAACGGCAAGCCCGAACUAGUCCUGAUAGACCACGGCCUAUACAUCCAAAUGGAUCCUAAAUUUCGACACGAAUACGCCCUCUUCUGGCGCAGCCUUAUGACCUUCGACAACGCGACCAUCGCACGCAUCACAAAGGAGGAAUGGGGUAUCAAUGCUCCCGACGCCUUCGCCAGCGCUACUCUGAUGUCUCCGUACAAGGGAGGCGAUAACAAAACCAUGAACGAGAUCCGAAGCAUGUCUAAACUCGAACAGAAACAACGCCAAUUCGAGAUGCAACAACGUAUGCGCAAAGGGAUCCGCGACGUCCUCGCCAACCAAGAUAAAUUCCCACAAGAACUCAUCUUCAUCGGCCGCAACCUCCGCAUCGUCCAGGGAAACAACCAAUUCCUCGGCUCGCCCGUCAACAGGGUUAAGAUCACCGGGACAUGGGCCUCGCGGGCUUUAGUCGAUAGUGAGCGGCAUGCCGAUCUCGCGAGUCGAUGGAGGGAGUAUGGACGACAUGUUCUGUUUAGGACUGUGCUGUUGAGUACGGAUUUCGUGUUCUGGUGGAGUAAGGUAAGGCAGUUUUUGGGGUGGGGAAAGGGGAUGGAUGAUGAUAUUGAGGUGGAGAUGAGGAAGAUGGCUAGUGGGAUGGGGGUGGAGUUGCAGCAUGGGGUUUUUGAGGGAUAG